ACUUCCCCUCAGCCUCUUCUUCCUGACUCCCAUGGAGCUACCUAUCCUCAUCGAACCAUCUUUGUCUGGCUUUUGUCUCUAGCCGUUUCCUUUUCUAGGCCCGAGAGCUCGAACGAGCUUUCGGAUCUCUCUUUCGUCACAUCAGUUUUGAUUUGCACCUAUCAAGAAAGUUUCCUUCUCCUCUGGGAUCAUCGGAAGAUCAAUUAAUUACUACUGCGCAAAGAAACAGAGAAGUAUCCGUCUAUAGAUCUAUGAAAGAAGCCCAGAGGACCCACCGCUGAGGUUUAGGUUUUCUUCUCGGUAGCCUUACUUCUCUGAAACUAAAGAUUUAUCCGAGUUAACAACCACAGCAAGCCUUAAGUUCUGGCUGACCAAACAAAGAAGACCUAGAACCCUUGAUCUAGCUUUGUUUUGAUCCUUCAUACUCGUGUCCUUUUAGGCGGUGUGUGUUCUUCUUUGAGAUCUAGAAAAGCUUGUUUCGGACCACAAGAGUAUAUUUCAGCUUCUGAAGCAUGUCGUCGGCAAACUCUGAUAGCUCGGGCAAUUCGGCGGCUCCUGAUGGCGGCGGCAGGCCGAGCCGGUACGAGUCGCAGAAGCGGCGCGACUGGAACUCCUUCGGGCAGUACCUCCGGAACCACCGCCCGCCGCUCGAGCUCUCCCGGUGCAGCGGCGCCCACGUGCUCGAGUUCCUCCGCUACCUGGACCAGUUUGGCAAGACAAAAGUCCACACCGCCGGGUGCCCAUUCUUCGGCCACCCGCAGCCCCCGGCACCGUGCACGUGCCCCCUCAGGCAAGCUUGGGGCAGCCUCGACUCACUCGUCGGCCGCCUUCGCGCCGCCUUCGAGGAGGAUGGCGGCCAGCCGGAGGUCAACCCCUUCGCGGCGCGCGCAGUCCGGCUGUACCUCAGGGAGGUGAGGGACAGCCAGGCCAGAGCGAGGGGGAUCGCCUACGAGAAAAAGAAGAGAAAGCGGCCUCCUCCGUCGCAACAGGGCUUCAGCCCGCAGGCGUCGGUUCCAGCGGCGGCGACAGCAGCUCCUCUCAUCGGCCAUGGUCGGUCGGCGGCCGACUUCAUCGCCAGCAGUGCAUACCCACAUCGCCUUCACGGGCAUCUGAUGCUGCCACCCUGGAUACCGGCGGAGACGAUGCGGCGGUGAUGGCUGUCGUCGACUCACAUUCCGGUGGCAGCCUGUCACCACUCUCGGUGAUUAAACAUAGUACUGUAGUAGUUUGUCGACUGGAAUUACUUUCUGAUGUGAUGGUUGGAAAGAUCGUUUCCUAUGCUGUUUCGUUAGCGGACAUAAUGGUGGACGUUCUCCACGUUAACAGACAUUGACCUGGCUCUCUGUAUGUAUACCCUCUUCUUAUAACUAUGCUUGUGGCUGAUGAUGAUGA